AAAAUUUCAUUGCUGAAAGUGCGUGGAUUCAUCAUCAUCGUCAUCGAUUUGGACUCAUUUUUGUUAGCCGGCUCAACAGUCUGUCAUUCAUAUCGUUGAUUUUCGUCGUUAAAGUGAUCAUCAAAUCCAAUCCAGAUAGUUUUCAUCUAUAUUUGAUCAAUAAACUUAUUAUUGACAUAGUUUUUUUUCUAUCUCUCUUUAUUAAAUAUUGAUUGAUAAAUCACCCUAAUCAGAAAUAUUUUCUUUAAUUAUUUGAAAACAAUGUCUAUUAGAUCAAUAAAUUUAUUGACCAGACAAACGAUACCAGGAUCUUUAAUAUCAAUCAUUGGUAUUAAUAAUAAUUUUCAUAAUCGUUAUAUUUACUUCUCCUUCAAACAUCCUCAUCAGUCCUUCAAAUAUCAUCAUUUAUCAUCCAUAGCAUCAUUAUCGAUAAAUUUUUCAAUAUCAAAAAACGUACAUUAUAAACAACAACCGUAUAACAUUGGAAACAAAGUUCAUUUUGUUCAAAAUCAUCAAUUAAGAAAAUUUUUUGCCACUAAAACCAAUAAUAAAAUGUCUACAAAUUAUUCUGUUGAUAAUCGUGGUGCAUUGAAUUCACUUGAUUAUCGUAUUUAUUUCAAAAAUGAUAGUAAUGGAAAAAUAAUUAGUCCUUGGCACGAUAUCCCAUUGUUUGCCGAUAAAUCGGCUAAACAAUACAAUAUGGUUGUUGAAAUUCCACGUUGGACUAAUGAAAAAAUGGAGAUUGCAACUGCCGAACCAAUGACGCCAAUAAAACAGGACGUUAAAAAAGGUGCACUUCGUUAUGUGAAAAAUGUCUUCCCUCAUAAAGGAUACAUAUGGAAUUAUGGUGCCUUUCCACAAACAUGGGAAAAUCCUAAUCAUAUUGAUCAAGGAACUAAAGCAAAAGGUGAUAAUGAUCCGAUUGAUGUCAUUGAAAUUGGUUCACGUAUAGCUAAACGUGGUGAUGUUAUACCGGUAAAAAUACUUGGUACAAUUGCAUUGAUUGAUGAAGGUGAAACUGAUUGGAAAAUCAUCACUAUUGAUACACGUGAUGAAUUGGCUGGUCAAAUGAAUAAUGUUGAUGAUGUUGAAAAAUUAUUACCUGGUUUACUUCGAGCAACAGUUGAAUGGUUUAGAAUCUAUAAAAUUCCUGAUGGUAAACCUGCAAAUAAAUUUGCCUUCAAUGGUGAAGCUAAAGAUCGUGAAUUUGCCGAAAAAGUUGUUGAAGAAACGCAUCAAUAUUGGCGAGAAAUGAUGGAAAACAAAGCUGGUGAACAUCAAUUAGAUUUGAAGAAUAUAACACUUGGUAAUUCAUAUACCAUCAAUGAUGAACAGGCGAAACAAUUUUUAGAAACGCGACCUGCUAGUAAUACUGUUGAACCAAAUCCUAUUGCCGAUCAGGUGGCAAUUGAUAAAUGGCAUCAUGUUAAAUUGAUCUAAAGCUAUCUUUUUCCUUCCAAUAGAGAUAAUUAGAAAUUGACGAAUCCGAUUUUCCAAAAAAA